CUGCUGCACCUGGAAGUGCUGCCUGCAGUCUGACCUUUGGCUUGGCAGGUGGACGCAGAUGACGUCUUUACCAAGGAAGAACAGAUUUUCCUACUUCACCGCGCCCAGGCCCAGUGCGACAAGCUGCUCAAGGAAGUCCUGCGCACAGCAGCUAACAUAAUGGAAUCAGACAAGGGAUGGACAUCUGCAUCUACAUCAGGGAAGCCCAGGAAAGAAAAAGAAUCUGGAAAGCUCUACCCUGAAUCUAAGGAGAACAAGGAGGUUCCUCCUGGCAGCAGGCACCAAGGACGUCCCUGCUUGCCGGAGUGGGACAACAUCGUAUGUUGGCCACUGGGGGCACCAGGUGAGGUUGUAGGUGUGCCCUGUCCAGACUACAUAUAUGACUUCAAUCACAAAGGCCAUGCCUACCGACGCUGUGACCGCAAUGGCAGCUGGGAAGUAGUGCCUGGGCACAACCGGACCUGGGCCAACUACAGCGAGUGCCUUAAGUUCAUGACCAAUGAGACUCGGGAACGGGAGGUAUUUGACCGCCUGGGCAUGAUCUACACCGUGGGCUACUCCAUGUCCCUGGCCUCCCUCACUGUGGCUGUGCUCAUCCUGGCCUACUUUAGGCGGCUGCACUGCACACGCAACUACAUCCACAUGCACAUGUUCCUGUCCUUCAUGCUGCGCGCCGCGAGCAUCUUCGUGAAGGACGCGGUGCUCUACUCUGGCUUCACGCUCGAUGAGGCCGAGCGCCUCACCGAGGAGGAGCUGCACAUCAUCGCGCAGGCGCCCCCGCCACCCGCCGCCUCCGCCGUGGGCUACGCCGGCUGUCGCGUAGCUGUGACCUUCUUCCUUUACUUCCUGGCCACCAACUACUACUGGAUUCUGGUGGAGGGGCUGUACUUGCACAGCCUCAUCUUCAUGGCCUUCUUCUCAGAGAAGAAAUACCUGUGGGGCUUCACCGUCUUUGGCUGGGGUGUACCUGCCAUCUUCGUGGCUGUGUGGGUCGGUGUCCGAGCUACUCUGGCCAACACUGGGUGCUGGGACUUGAGCUCUGGCCACAAGAAGUGGAUCAUCCAGGUGCCCAUCUUGGCCUCUGUUGUGCUCAACUUUAUUCUUUUCAUCAACAUCAUCCGGGUGCUUGCCACCAAACUGCGAGAGACCAAUGCUGGCCGGUGUGACACACGGCAGCAGUACCGGAAGCUGCUCAAGUCCACGCUGGUGCUCAUGCCACUGUUUGGCGUCCACUACACCGUCUUCAUGGCCUUGCCCUACACCGAGGUCUCAGGGACGCUCUGGCAAAUCCAGAUGCACUAUGAGAUGCUCUUCAACUCUUUCCAGGGAUUUUUUGUUGCCAUCAUAUACUGUUUCUGCAAUGGCGAGGUACAGGCUGAGAUCAAGAAAUCUUGGAGCCGCUGGACACUGGCAUUGGACUUCAAACGCAAGGCACGCAGCGGGAGCAGCAGCUACAGCUAUGGUCCAAUGGUGUCUCAUACCAGUGUGACCAACGUAGGUCCCCGUGCAGGACUCGGCCUGCCCCUCAGUCCCCGCCUGCUGCCUGCUGCCACCACCAAUGGCCAUGCCCAGCUGCCUGGACAUGCCAAGCCAGGGGCCCCAGCCAUUGAGACUGAGACCACACCAGUUACCAUGGCUGUACCUAAGGAGGAUGGAUUCCUCAAUGGCUCCUGCUCAGGCCUGGAUGAGGAGGCCUCUGGGCCUGCACGGCCACCCCCACUGCUGCCCGAAGAGUGGGAGACAGUUAUGUGACUGAACACCAGGGGCUGGACUGCUGACAUAGGUGAAUGGACAGAUGGACCAAGAGAGUGGCGGUUGGUUGGUUGCCCAUUCAGGGCUGCACCAGGAGGAAAA